AUGGAUGUGGGGUAUGCAGCUCCGUCGGUUGAGCUGAAGACCUCCGAGGCUAGAUCUUUGCCCCGCAGUCAAACAUUACCUCGAUCGACCAGAAAACCCAAACUACUGGUCUCGUUCGACUUGAAUGCCAGUCACGACUUAACCGAGAACACUUCGGUCGUCUCAUGUCCCUCAUUGCGCUCUGCACUCCGACAUUCAUCCGGCCCGACGAGAACAACCUCAUCCACCAAUCUGUCUGUUCGGGAUCAGCGCAGAUCAUUUUGGUCGUCCAAAGGACGAUCGACCGAACGACUGGAUCAGAUUCCGCGAUCGCGCACAUGGAGCUCUGAUGACUCGUCCACAAUCACUCCGACCCGUUCGAAAAGUCUCGGAUCGACCAGUUCCCGUUCAACGGAAAAUUUGAAAUUGCCCAUUCGUCGUUCACAAUUCAAUGGGAUUAAUCUGGAUCCAGACACACGGGAUUACAGUCCCGGAUCCACGCACAGUCUUCUACAUUCCUACCUUCCCAAAUGUUUGUCAGCUGACAUUGUCAUUGAAUGCGCACAGGAUCGUUUGGUCGAAUUGCAAAAUCAGGUGGUCGAAGCCUAUCGAGCUCGAGCCGAGGUGACUCAAGCACUGGAGGAACAACGCAGGCGGUACAAAGAACUGGUUGAUCUAUACGAACAGUACCGAUGUGGAACUCUGGGACCACCGGUAAGUCCGACCUCAUGUUCUACAAAAAAUUUGUCCACUGCAGUUGAAAACAUGCGGCUUGUGUUUGUGUGCGUGUAUGUGUGUGUGGGUAAGCUUGACUGA